UGCCGAGGGGCCCGGCUCCACAGGGCCAGUGCAGGCGGCGCAGCCACCCGCGCCUGCAGCCUCCAUCUGCAGCUCGGCGCUCAGAGUCUGCGGACCCGGCGAGCUCUCGGCGGCGCGAGGGGCGAGCCGGAGCCGGCAGGUCCAGACGCCGAUCGCAGGGUGCCAGCAAAGCUGCUGCGCGCCCUGGCGCCGGGCUGGGCUGAGGACAGCCGCUGGUGCCUUCGAGCUGAACGAGGGGAUUGCAUCGGAAAAGAAAAGAUGACACAGUGGACCCUUUGCCUCGGGGACCCAUUAAGGUGAGAAUAAGACCUUUGGCUGGUUGGAACUAGCCUAGGACUAUAUGGCAGCCAUGGAUAUGGCAUAUGACCUGCUCAAUGGAAGCCAACCCUUGCUUUCCUCUCCAUUCGACCUCAAUGGCUCAGUGGCAGCCGCCAACAGCUCAAACCAGACAGAGCCGUACUAUGAUCUGACGAGCAAUGCAGUUCUCACAUUCAUAUAUUUUGUGGUUUGCAUCAUUGGGUUGUGCGGCAACACGCUUGUCAUUUAUGUCAUCCUCCGCUAUGCCAAGAUGAAGACCAUCACCAACAUUUACAUCCUCAACCUGGCCAUCGCCGAUGAGCUCUUCAUGCUGGGUCUGCCCUUCUUGGCCAUGCAGGUGGCUCUGGUCCACUGGCCCUUUGGCAAAGCCAUCUGCCGGGUGGUCAUGACUGUGGACGGCAUCAAUCAGUUCACCAGCAUCUUCUGCUUGACCGUCAUGAGCAUCGACCGAUACCUGGCUGUUGUCCACCCCAUCAAGUCGGCCAAGUGGAGGAGACCCCGGACAGCCAAGAUGAUCAAUGUGGCUGUGUGGGGCGUCUCUCUGCUGGUCAUCUUGCCGAUUAUGAUAUACGCCGGGCUUCGGAGCAACCAGUGGGGGAGGAGCAGCUGCACCAUUAACUGGCCGGGUGAAUCUGGGGCAUGGUACACAGGGUUCAUCAUCUACGCCUUCAUCCUGGGCUUCCUGGUGCCCCUCACCAUCAUUUGUCUUUGCUACCUGUUCAUUAUCAUCAAGGUGAAGUCCUCUGGGAUCCGCGUGGGUUCCUCCAAGAGGAAAAAGUCUGAGAAGAAGGUCACCCGGAUGGUGUCCAUAGUGGUGGCUGUAUUCAUUUUCUGCUGGCUUCCCUUCUACAUCUUCAAUGUGUCUUCAGUGUCGGUGGUCAUCAGCCCCACUCCAGCCCUGAAAGGUAUGUUUGACUUCGUGGUGGUCCUCACCUAUGCUAAUAGCUGUGCCAACCCCAUCCUGUAUGCCUUCUUGUCCGACAACUUCAAGAAGAGCUUCCAGAAUGUGCUGUGCUUGGUCAAGGUGAGCGGCACAGAUGACGGAGAGCGGAGUGACAGUAAGCAGGACAAAUCCCGACUGAAUGAGACCACGGAGACCCAGAGAACCCUCCUCAAUGGCGACCUCCAGACCAGUAUCUGAACUGCCUGAACAUGAAUCAAUAGAACGCCAAGCUCUGCCAACUGGCAGUGUGCGCCCUACCCCCACCAACAUCCUUCUUCCCACCUAUCGCACCUGGCUUCUAGAAUAGGGAUUUGUUCAGCAUGAGUCCAAUUCAGAGAGCAGUGUUUGAGUCGGCGUGUCUGUGUGACUGAUAUGUGUUAAGUUGAUUAACUCCCCCUUAAAGGGAACACUGAAAUGCAGGCAGACAGUUCAAAGCCUGGGAAAAGAGGUGAUCGUGCCUGGAAAUGAUCCUUUGAAAUGCUGACACUCAGCAAAAACAGACAACGAUAUCUGUGUAUGUGUGUGUUUAAAACCCAACGUAUAAUCUUGUGUUCUUACAUUUAUACUUGUAUAUUCCUCCCUAGCCCCUGUACAGUCAUUAUCUACAUUUCCUACACACAAACACACAAGUAGCAAAUCCAAGCGUGCGUAGUGCAUCUGGACGUUAAUUACAAUAUGGUACCCGCAGAAAUGGACCAUCCGUGGAGCCAAUAAAAGUUUAAGCUUCAGGGGUCUUGCUGGCUUGGGCAGUAUGUUCACACGGCCACAUGUUUUUGUUCAAAAUUAUAAAAGGAAGAUGUUUUUGUAUUAUUUUUCUGAAAGAGGGCGCCUUAAAUUGUGUACGCGUCCAGCCUCACAAAACUGGCCUCUGUCCCUCGGCGUCUGCUUCACUCCUUUCAGGCAAUUAGAUAAAAGCAAGAAGGGGAAGGGAGGAGGUAUUUCAGGAGCCAGGACAUAAAUUCAUGUGUUUCCUCUUCUUAGGUAUAAUCAAAGAAUUAUUCAUUACCCAAAAGGACUUAAAUGGUUAUGGUCAUCAGUCAUUGUAUUUAUCAAGACAAGGUGGGCUUUGUUAUAACACUGCAUUUUUUCUUCUCAAAUUGCUUUAAUUUUUCUUAGGGAACCAAAGGAAAUGGGGUGAUGGGAAUCACUAACAUGAAAGGCAAAAAAUAGACUAUAAUUCCGGUGGGGAAACCAUUUUAUGCUCCCCAUCAUGAAAAUAAAUGAGUAAGAAUGAAGAAAAAAAUGCAUCUUUAUUAGAAACCAUGAAAAUUGGCCUUUUUUAAUGCCAGACAUAUCUUCCUAAUGAAAAUGUAAUUCAACAACCUCUCAAAGGGGUUUUUAAAGGACUCGAUACAAAGCUGGGCGCUGAGAAAAUCACAAUGCAUCCUAAGGACCUGAGGACAUUGUUCCCUAAACAUAAUCAGCACAUGCACCAGCCACUAAACACAUAGCAUUACAGGUGUGUGGGUGUGAGCGCUGGAGGGUGCCCCAUCCUCGCAGGUAUGGCCAUGCCACCUUCCUCACCCACUACACACACGUCACGCAUCUGACCUCUAAUGCCACAGACUCGGCUAUGCCCCAAGCACUGUCAUAGGCAGGCGCGAGGCACCAUCAGUGGCAUUACUUCUUUUUGUCCCUGACAUGGUAGAUGGGCUCAGGUACAAGGGACAGGAAGUGAGAUGAUGCCCAUUUCGUGGAUGGAACACAAUUUCCAGGGUGUUUGUCAGGAUGCAUCGCCUCUGGGUUUAUAGGAAAAGCUCCCUACUAGUGUCUCGUGUACAGAUUUUACCCUAUUCUAGAAUGAGCUUCCCUCUUCUGGCUCCCUACACAAGGGCUGCUUGACUGUGGGAAGGACCAGGAACUCCACGUGUGGCUAUCAUUAAUGUGCUGUCCUUCUUCUAGCUGUCUAUAUUAUCCACGCCACCUCACUGCCAAAAGUACUUACUGUGCCCUAGAAAAAUACUUUCAGUAAGAUUUACGACAGAUAAACAAAUCCUUGCAGAAAUAAAAAGAAGAACAAUUCUAAGGUGAGACUACGGGGAAAACUGUUACACAGAAAUGCACGCGGUAAAAUCCCACACCGUCACUAAAGGAAGGGUGGGUGACAAGUUCAGCUCAGGACUUCCCAGCAGCCACAAGUAACAGAGUGACACCUCCCUCCCUUUCCCCACCUCCUCCUCAUUGUCUUGCAUAAAAACAAGCAACGAUUUGGAAUGAAAUAUUUUAAACACAGCCUGACCAUUAUUACAAUAUGAGGUGUUCCAGGGUCUUUGAAUAAAUGCUGAUUUUUA